AUGACACCGAAAGUGUAUUGUUUUAAUAUCAUUGCUUCUACCAUUGCCUUACUUUUUCUUUCUUCGCUGUCUCUCUUUUUUCAAUCUCGUUCUAUUACUCUCUCUCUCUCUCUCUCUCUCUCUCAUUUUCUCCCUGUAUUUCUCGUAGUCAUUCCCCCACCUCUGUCUGUCUGCCUCUCUAACUUUCUUUAUUUCUGGCUGUACUAUCCUAUCUCUCUUUCUGCUCCAUUUUAUCUAUAUCUCUUUCUAUCAUUGUCUUUCUUUUUCUUUCCUCUCUGUAUGUCCCUUCAUUUCAAUCUUGAUCUAUUACAAUCUCUCUCUCUCUUUCUCUCUCAUUUCUCUCUCUCUCUCUUUCUCCCUUCCCGUUGUAAUUUCUUCUCUUUCUCUUUCUGCUCCAGUCUCUCUAUGUUACUUUCUGCGUUUUUCUUUUUUUCUCUUUUCUUUCUUUCUCUUUUUUUUUCUUUCUCUCUUCUUUCUCGCUAUCUAUCUAUCUAUCUAUCUAUCUAUCUAUCUAUCUAUCUAUCUAUCCCCCUUUUCUUUUUCACAGUAUCUCUCUUGCUGUAUUCCUUCAAUAUUUCAUUAAUUCUCUCUCAUUCUCUUUGGUCUUUCAGUUUUUUUUCUCUGUUGAUCUCUCCUUUCUGCCACACUUACCCUCAGCUCUUACCUUCUUCGCUCUCUCUCUCUCUCUCUCUCUCUCUGUUUAAAUCUUUCUCUCGCCGUUUCUUUUUUUACUCCGUCUCUUUCCCACUCUCUUCUUUCUUUCUUUCUUUCUUUCUUUCGCAAAUUCCCUGUGACCAAAUUCUUUCUUUCUUUUUUCUUUCUUUCUUUCUUUCUUUCUUUCUUUCUCACGCCCAAUCUCUAAGUGUCUGCAUUCGAAUUAGGCGUAUCUGUGUUGACGCAAUCAAAUAUGCUGCAAUCGAAUCUCAUAAAAAUGACUUCAACCUGCAGCAGUCUGUGUCAGGUGCACAACAUCUGUUACGCACACUCGCGCACACGCACACACAUAUAAUUUCCCUCUUUCUACCUUUCUCUCUCUUUCACUCUUUCACACUCCCCCUCUCUCUCUCUCUCUCUCUCUCUCUCACAAUCGUUAUCUCUUUUUCUUUUCAUCUCUCUUUUUGUCAUUCAUAUAGAAAACGUCACUACUUCUUUCCCCCCCCCUCUCUCUCUCUCUCUCAUUCUCUCUCUCUCUCAAUCCACCUCCCUUUUUCUCGUUCUUUCUUUCUUUCUCUCUCUCUCUCUCUCUCUCUCUCUCUCUCUCUCUCUCUCUCUUUAAUUCUUACAAUUUCACUGUCAUUUCACUUUUUUCCUUCCGUUCUCUCUUUCUCUCAAACACACAUAAAUAAUUUUGUUCUCUCUUCAUCUAAUAGAAUCCUCCUUACUUUUUUCUUUCUUUCUUUCUUUCACUCUCUCUUUCACUCUCUCUCUCUCUCUCUCUGA